AUGGCCGCCACCGUCGCGCAUUCGCAAGCCACCAAUCUGCCGUCCUCGUCCGGCCUCCCCGCUCCGUCGCUUCCCCAUGACGCCGCCGCAAACGCGGGGUCCCAUCUUUCUGAUGCCGCCGACUCUGCCCAUCCUCCGGCUCUGUUGCCGCCCACGCGCAAGUUCCAGCUUAGCGACUUCCGGAGGGUGCGCACUCUAGGCACAGGAACCUUUGCCCGCGUCUGCCUCGUUCGCCCCGCCGCCUCGGCUCACAUUCCCCUCGAUCACCAACUCAACCCCGAAGUGUACGCGCUCAAGAUCCUGCGCAAGCCCGAGGUCGUUCGCCUCAAGCAGAUCGACCACGUGCGCCACGAACGCGCCAUCCUCGCCGAUAUCGCCGGCCACCCUUUCAUCACUCACCUCCUCGCUUCGUUCGCCGACCACGAUUCCCUGUACAUGCUCCUUGAUUACGUCCCCGGCGGCGAGCUAUUCACCUACCUCCGCAAGUUGCGCCGCUUCGACGAGCCCGUUGCCCGCUUCUAUGCCGCCGAGAUCGUCCUCGUCUUAGAGUUUCUCCACGAGCAACAGGGUGGCGUCGCCUACCGCGAUCUCAAGCCCGAGAAUCUCCUGUUGGAUCAGGAUGGUCACAUCAAGUUGGUCGACUUUGGCUUCGCGAAGCGCUUGGGGAAUCACGAAGACAACCGCCCUGUUGAGACAUAUACCCUCUGCGGGACCCCCGAAUAUCUGGCCCCCGAGGUGAUACAGAACAAGGGCCAUACUGGCGCUGUGGACUGGUGGGCCUUGGGUAUCCUGAUGUAUGAGUUCUUGACGGGCUACCCGCCUUUCUGGCACCAGAAUCCCAUCGAGAUCUACAAACAGGACGAAAUCUCACCUUGGUUUCUCCCUAGAAUUUUAGAAAAGCCCGUCGUCUUCCCCCAAGAUCCGCCCCUCUCCGAAGACGCCAAGGACAUCAUUCGCUCGCUCUGUACCGUCGAUCGAUCGCGCCGCCUCGGCAACAUCAGUGGCGGCUCUGCGCGCGUCAAGGCACACCCCUUUUUCCGUGAGACGAACUGGGAUGACAUGCUCCAUCGCCACCGCAAAGGGCCCAUCCUCCCUCCCAUUCGCUACCCCGGCGACGCCCAGUGCUUCGAUGUAUAUCCCGAGGACGACGGCCGUCGGGAACCCUAUUCGGAGGAAAUGGCGGCAAAGUACGACCCGUACUUUGCUGACUUCUGA